AUGAAUUUGCCCUAUGAUGUGGUGUGGAUUGUUGUGGAAGCCGGUGGAGCGACUAACGAGAUGGCUGCGUUGCUUGCAAAAUCGAAAGUGAAGGUGAAGCUUUUUGAUGAGAUCCAAAAUGUGGAAUGGAUUGGUACAAUUUCGGUUGGGAUUCUUGCGCAUUCGAUUCAUUCGGAUGAGGGUCCGUUUGAGGUUCAUGGUGAAAAGACGGUGGAUGAAGAUGAGAAGAUAUCACUAUUGGCGGUUCAAGGUCCGGCUUGUAAUGCAUCUGAUUGGUUGAGCGGAUGGCACACGUUUAAUACUGGUGUAUAUAAAGGAAAGAAUGCAAAUUAUAUUGGUCAUAUGGCAGUUGUGUUGCCGAGGAAGUUAGAGUGGUCGGGGUUUGUGAUGAACUCACAGUUUGUAUGGAAGGAAGCUGAAUUUAGGCUAGAUUGGAUUAAAGAUUUGGACGUGGUGGUGGCCGGUGAUGGAAAGGAUGAUAUUGGGAGUCCUCUUUCUUUGGUUAAGGAGCAUUCUCAAUGA